AUGAAUCAAGGAUUAAAAACUAAAAUCAAAGAAUUUACUAAAAAAUAUUUUGCUUAUAGUCAAAAUGACAAAAGCAUAUCAGACAAAGUUAAGCAAGAAUUAGAAAAAUUAGGAGCUUUUAAGCCUUUUUAUUCGGAUAGUGAGAAUAUAAGGUCUAUCCGUUUAACUAAUAUGCUAAAUUCUGAUCAGGAGGAAAUUAAGAAGAUUGUUUUAAAAGAAGUUCAAAAGCAUUUUUUAGUAAAUAAUCCUGAACAACUAAACUCUUUACUAACUGAAAUUAAAACUUAUCAGCGAAAUUUAGAAGACAGAAUGCGAAAAAUGAAAGAAGCGAGAGAAAGGAAAAA